AUGGCUGGAGGAAGGAACAGUACAACAAUCACAGAGUUCAUUCUCUUGGGGUUCUCUGAGUUUCCACAGCUCACUGCUGUCCUCUUUUCAAUAUUCCCAGGGAUCUACCUGGCGACAGUGUCUUGGAACCUGGGGCCCAUCGUCCUCAUCAGGAUGGACUCCCGUUUGCACACGCCUAUGUACUUUUUCCUCAGUAACCUGUCCUUGCUGGACACUUGCUAUGUUUCCACCAUAGCUCCUAGAACGCUCUCAGACUUCUUCAGGAAGCAUAAACUCAUCUCCUUUCUGGGGUGCGCCGUGCAGUACCUCUUGUUCUCUCGCCUGGGUCUGACUGAGUGCUGUCUGCUGGCAGCCAUGGCUUAUGCUCGCUACGUCGCCAUCUGCAGCCCUCUGCUCUACACAGCAACAUGUCCCCCUCUCUGCGUGCAGAUGGUGGCAGGAUCUUGUAUAACUGGAUUCCUUGGCUCAUUCGUUCAGUUGUGUGCCUUACUUCAGCUCCGCUUCUGUGGACCAAACAUCAUCAACCAUUUCUUCUGCGACCUGCCCCAACUGCUAGCCUUAUCCUGCUCGGACACCUUGUUCUUUCAAGUCAUGACAUCUGUGCUCACAGUCAUCUUUGGGCUCAUGUCUGUCUUGGUUAUCAUGAUAUCCUAUGGCUACAUUGUCGCCACCAUUGUGAAGAUCACUUCAGCUGAAGGCCGGUCCAAAGCCUUCAGCACUUGUGCCUCCCAGACAGCAGUGGUCCUCUUCUUCGGCUCGGGCAUCUUUCUUUACAUGUACCCAGAUUCUGGCGGCUCCUCGAGCCAGAACAAGCUGGCGUCUGUCUUGUACACUGUUAUAAUCCCCAUGCUAAAUCCAUUGAUCUAUAGCUUGCGGAACAAGGAAAUCAAAGAUGCCCUAAACGUGUGGAAGAAGAAACUCUUUUCCUGGUGUUACUGA